UGUACCACGGAAGACUGGACAACAGUAUGACCUGUCGUCUCGCAGUCAUGGACUACGACGGCCUAAAUUUACAUAAGGCAAAGAUACAACACCCCACACAAUUAUACCUAUAUGGUAAUAUCUUGUACUUGAUUGAGAGUAGCAAAUGGAAGAUCAAUAAAAUAGAACAGAUCAAUGAAACUCCUUCGGCUGGCCUGGAACUAGUAUGCAAACGUCCAAUUAUAGCCAUACACCAGGACACAAUGUUUCAACUCUGUGACAUUAAUGGUGAUAUAGCACAUAUAUACGCCAUAACUAUAUCGAACGAGGAACAGAAGACUUUCUGCAAAGUUAUCAUGAAAGCUAAAGUGAUGAUGAUCGUUGAAACGCCGUACAUUGCCUGGUAAUCAUUCUAGGAACAGCUUGGUGCUGAUCUUGUUUUACACCAUUAGAACAAAACCAGAUAUCGUUGUUGUUGUUAUUAUUAAUAAUAUUACUAUUACUACUACCAUUAUUAUUAUUGUCAUUUUAAGUCGGUGUGUGUGUGCG